GCUCCCCAUUUCCCUUCGGCAGCGGCCGGCCGCUCGGGCACCAUGCUCCGGCUCCUCCGGUUGCUGCUGCUGCUGCUGCUGCUGCCUCCCCCGGGGUCCCCCGAGCCCCCCGGCCUGGCCCCGCUGUCCCCGGGGGCGCCCCCUCAGGCCCCCGACUUGCUCUACGCGGACGGGCUGCGCGCCUACGCGGACGGGGCUUGGGCGCAGGCCGUGGCGCUGCUGCGGGAGGCACUGCGGAGCCAGGCGGCGCUGGGCCGCGCGCGGCAGGACUGCGGGGCGAGCUGUGCCGCCGAGCCGGGCGCCCCGGAGCCUGACUCCCGGCAGGAAUCCUGGGAGCCACUGCUGCUCCGCGCCGCGCUCCGCCGCGCCGAGUGCCUGACCCAGUGCUCAGCGCGGAGGCUGGGCCCCGGGGGCGCGGCGCGACUCCGCGUGGGGAGCGCACUGCGGGACGCCUUCCGCCGCCGGGAGCCCUACAACUACCUGCAGAGGGCCUACUACCAGCUGAAGAAGCUGGACCUGGCCGCCGCCGCAGCACACACCUUCUUUGUGGCCAACCCCACGCACCUGCAGAUGCGCGAGGACAUGGCCAAGUACAGAAGGAUGGCGGGUAUUCGGCCCCAGAGCUUCCGGGACCUGGAGACGCCCCCGCACUGGGCAGCCUAUGACACUGGCCUGGAGCACCUGGGACGCCAGGAGGCAGGGCUGGCACUGCCCCUGCUGGAGGAGGCGCUACAGGGGAGCCUGGCCCAGGUGGAGAGCUGCCGGGCCGGCUGCGAGGGGCCUGAGGAGCAGCAGGGGCUGGAAGAUGAGGAGGAAGAAGGGGCUGAUGGGCAGGGGGGCCUCUAUGAGGCCAUUGCAGGACACUGGAUCCGGGUCCUGCAGUGCCGGCAGCGCUGUGUGGGGGACACAGCCACGCGUCCUGGUCGCAGCUUCCCUGUCCCGGACUUCCUUCCCGACCAACUGAGACGGCUGCACGAGGCCUAUGCCCAGGUGGGGAACCUGUCCCAGGCCGUGCAAAACGUCCUGAGCGUCCUGCUCUUUUACCCGGCGGAUGAGACGGCCAAGAAGGCACUGGCCCAGUACCAGGCCCAGCUGGGAGAGCCACACCCUGGCCUCGGCCCCCGAGAGGACGUCCAGCAGUUCGUUCUCCGGUCUCUCGGUGAGAAGAGGCAGCUCUACUACGCCAUGGAGCACCUGGGGCGCAGCUUCAGGGACCCUGACGCCUGGACCCCAGAGACCUUCAUACCUGAGGCGCUAAGAGAGAAGCUCAGAGAGGAUCAGGAGAAGAGGCCCUAUGACCGUGAGCCCCCACAGCCGAAGCCCCUGACCUACUGGAAGGAUGUCCUUCUCCUGGAGGGAGUGACCCUGACGCACGACGCCAGGCAGCUGAAUGGGUCAGAGCGGGCCGUGCUGGACGGGCUGCUCACCCCAGCUGAGUGCGGGGUGCUGCUGCAGCUGACCAAGGAUGCAGCUGGGGCUGGAGCCAGGUCUGGCUAUCGUGGUCGCCGCUCACCCCACACCCCCCACGAACGCUUCGAGGGGCUCACAGUGCUGAAGGCAGCGCAGCUGGCGCGGGCCGGGGCUGUGGGCAGCCAGGGCGCCAAGCUGCUUCUGGAGGUGAGCGAGCGCGUGCGCACCUUGACGCAGGCCUACUUCUCCCCGGAGCGGCCCCUGCAUCUCUCCUUCACCCACCUGGUGUGCCGCAGUGCCAUAGAAGGUGAGCAAGAGCAGCGCAUGGACCUGAGUCACCCCGUGCAUGCCGACAACUGUGUCCUGGACCCCGACACCGGGGAGUGCUGGCGGGAGCCCCCCGCCUACACCUACCGAGACUACAGUGGAGUGCUCUACCUCAACGAUGACUUCCAGGGGGGUGACCUGUUCUUUACUGAGCCCAACGCCCUCACUGUCACGGCUCGGGUGCGGCCUCGCUGUGGACGCCUCGUGGCCUUCAGCUCUGGUGUUGAGAAUCCCCAUGGCGUGUGGGCCGUGACUCGGGGUCGGCGCUGCGCCCUGGCGCUGUGGCACACGUGGGCUCCUGAGCACAAGGAGCAGGAGUGGACAGAAGCCAAAGAGCUACUGCAGGAGCCAGAGGAAGAAGAGGAAGAGGAAGGAGAGGAGGAGGAACAAAUGCCCAGCAGAGACUCUUCCCCAGAGCCCCCAAGCCGCAGGCUUCAGCGGGUGCAAGACAAGACUGGGAAGCCACCUCGGGUCCGGGAGGAGCUAUGAGCAGCUGCCCAGCUCCUUGGGGACAUACAUGGCCACUGACACGUGGAAGGUCAGCUCAGGGUCAGCCCCCAUGCAACAUCAGGAACAGAAGGGCAAGUUCUCUGUCCCCACACCCCACCGUCUUGGGGACCCAGAAGGACCGUCCGGCUCUGGACUCAGAGGACCCUGCACAGACCAGCCUAGACUCGCCGGGAGGCCCCACAGGUGGACGGACGGGGGAUGCUGUGCCUCCCUGAGGGGCAGGGGCAGGGGUAGGAAGCCGCCCGCCUUCAUCCAAGAGGAUGAGGGCAAGGACACCGGGCUCUCCUCUCCCAGCCCGUGCAAUAAAGAACAUGAGGCUCCAUCAGCCAAGGCAGG